AUGCCACGCUCAUCAGCUGCGGCCAGGAAGAACCAGAGCAAUCGACAGGACAAUGGCAUCGUCGGUCCGGGCAAGAAAGUGACCAAGCAGAAAUCAAACAGCCAUCUGAACGGCAACUCGGGCAACGGCUCAGCUACCGGUCCGGGCGCGUCCGCUCACUUUGAUCUAUCCUCUAUACGUUCUACAAGCGACACGGCCGUCACCUCACCGACGGUCGCCGGCAAAGGAGGGGAUAGUGCGAAGGUAGAUGGCAAUGUGCGUGGGAUGUUGAACGGGCAUAGCAAGGGUGGAGAGAUGGCAUGUGCGCAGGCAAACGGUGAUGUGCCACAGAAUGGUGGCAUAGCAAACCAUGCCUCUCGCAAUGGAACCUCGAAACGAUCCGGAUCCAAUGCCUCAAUCAAUCCGCUACAGUUCGCAUCCACCAUCCUUAAGUCGUGCCCUAUGUACGACACCAUCGCCAUUUUGAUUUUUCUGCUACAGCUUCCGCCUAUGGUCUUGACUCUGGUUCAAUUUCUUUUCGCUUCCCUGACCUUCAUGCCCCCCAGUGGCGCCGCGGCCGGUUCUUUGUCGUCAAAUUUCGAUAUUUUUCAGGGUCCGGCUGGGACGCCAUCUUUGGGGACAAUGAUUGCGAUGGACGGUUUCUGUAUACUUCUCUGGGGCCUCUUCAUGUGGACAUGGGCGCAAAACUUUGCCAUCGAUCUCGCCCAUGUCCAAGUCGCUAUCACCCUGGGCGGCGGGGGUUCCGGAAAGAACGGCGGGGUCAAUGCUCUCUGUGUCGGAAUUGUUCUCCUUCUUCAUCUUAUUCGCAGCAAAGGCAUACAGGACUUUGUCCUAGGUCAUCUUGUUUCUGCUAAAUUGCUCAGUCCCGAUAUUCUCUCCCAAUUUUCGCAUCUGUUACCCGCCGAGUUCCGACGCUCCGAAACACAAUCGUCCCCGAGUUGGCUUCGUAGCCUUCUCGCAGUCCACAUUUUGGCACAGGCAGGAACUGCUAUGGCACGACGUUCGAUGGCGAAAAACCGAUCACCAACACCAUUACGGCCCGGCAAGCGGGGAGAUACGGAGGCAUCUGCGGGCUCGCAGGGACAGGCUGAUUCUGCUCUGGAAUCUACUGCGAGUGUCUCAUCUUCUUUCGUUGGCCCCGAUGGUCAAUUGAAAGAUGGAAAGGAUCGUGUUACUUCAGCCAAGAAACGCAGACGACAAGCCAACCAGGUUCGGAGCCGUCAGCCAUUCUGGGCUGCUCUCGCCAGUACAAAGGUCACAGUUAUGCGAGAAUAUGAACAUUCACGGGCUGUUUCCAAGACAGCACGCAAUCUCACAAUGACAGAGGAGGAUCUCCAAGGUGUUUCUCUCGACGACGGAUUAGUAUGGAUUACGGAUGUGGACAGCUCUUCAAUCAAAUUUGCCGCUGGUGAAUUCACCGAUGAUCUUGCGGUAACGGGUUCCUAUGAAGCCGGACGUUUGGAAGGAGAUGCGGAGCCGUUCUACGUCUGCGUCAAUGGUGCGCUUUGGGCCACCGCCACGAUAUGCAGGGUUUCAGAUGCCAAGGGACCGAGUGUGGUUCAAUGGCGCGGCGAAAUUGCUGGACUCGCUCCAAAUUGCGCUUAUACGUGUGCAUUUGUGCGCAGUGAUACCGACGAGGAAAUCUGUGUCAUGAGUGUAAAGACGCCUGCAACGGCCGACACAGAACAAGUCAUUUCCGCUAUAUCGACACCCCCACAACCGCCGUAUCGUCCAUCAUCUCCUACCACAACGCUCAAAAAUUCCAUUGUCAAUGCGGAGUCCAAACUAAACGAAAAGCGCAACCGUCUGAAGAAGACCAAGAACGAUCACAAAGCUGUCAUCUCGAAGAUCAGGAAGGAACUUGAUAGUUUCAAUACUCGCCUCCUCAGCGGAACCGAUGAGAAUCGACAAAAGCAGCGUUCGCUGCAAUUGGAACGAAACAUUCGGCAAACCGAAGAGGCUACCGCCGUGCUCGAAGUACAGCUCGACACCAUGGAAAAUGUUCCGGAGGAGGAGAUGGAAGAGUGGAGGGCGCACAAAGCGGACUUUGAGCGUGAGGUGGAACGCUUCAACGCGACGAAGGAAGAGGUCGCUGCCGCUCGCGCAGCCGCGGCUCAGCAAGUGGCGACAUUGGAAGCGGAUUUGAACCAGGUGAUUCAGAAACGAGAGCGUCUCCAGGGUCGUCGGACCCGGGUGAACGAGCAGUAUGAACGCAUAAUCUCAGCCAAUGCCCAAGGGUUGAACGAGAGAGAACGCCGUGCUGCUGAGCAAUUUGCCAGAGAGCAAGACCAGUCAAAGAUGGAGAGCAAUUUCCAUGAGCAAUUUGCGAGCAUCAGCCAAUCUGUUCAAGAAUUCCAGCUCCGCACGAGUGAGCUCUGGCAGCAGGCAUCCGCAAUUGAGCAAUCCAUUCAACAGCAACAACAACAAAUGCUCCUCGAGUCUGGUCCUCUUACCCCCGAAGGCAAUCUGCCGGGUACCAAUCCCCUAUCUGAAACCGCUGGCCCGUCUUUGAACGCAUCGACGAUCACUGCUCCCAGCGCUCGAUCUCUGCUGAGUCUUGGCUUCCCUCCCGCAAGAUCUAGCCCUCUGCAGAUCUCGUCAUCGCCUGUUCGUGAACUAUCGUCAAAUCCAACCAGUCCAUCGCAAGACAUACCUUUCCUCCCUCAGUUUCCGACAUCCCCCAUCGCAAAUACAGGCUCAUACUUCGGGUCGGACCUCAAUCCUCGGGACCGUUCGUUUUCCAACCGCUCCACUCGCAGUAGCCAGUACGGUCCUGACUUCUUGGAUGCGAACCGCAUGCCGCCUCUCCAUCUCGACUUGUCCGAGCUGCUUGGUGAUACCAAGUUGCGACCUGCUUCUGAUGGAAACGGUUUCUUACAUGGAGGUAGUCGCCCGGUUCUGAGCCCUUUCCAGCGAGCAGCAAGUCGCGGUAGUGGAACUGGUAGUGGCAGCGGGGGCAGUGGAAGUGGGACCGGCAGUCCGCACUCGUAUCGAGACUAG